GAUCUCGCGGCAGGAAUAUCUCGCGAGAACAGCGAAGCUCCGUUCAGCGCCAUUUAGAGCACGCAGUAUCGUCGCGAGGGCAACUACCGAGAAGCGACCGUUAACCGGACAGAGAUCCGGUCUGCUGGUGAUCCUCCUCAGAGCCGCUGUGUGUUCAGAACAGCAGCAGAAUGGCAGACGACCUGGACAUUGAGGCGAUGCUGGAUGCUCCGUAUAUGAAGGAGGAGUCCAGGAACCAGAGCCCCAACGGACAGGAGGAGCGCCCCAAGAGGAAGAAGCGCAGCCGCGACAGGAAGCGCAGCCGUGAAAGGAAGCGCAGCCGGAGUCGAGAGCGUAAACGCAGCCGCAGCAGAGACAAGAAAAGAAGUCGCAGCAGAGAGCGUCACAGCAGCAGAGAGCGCCGCAGCAGCAGAGAGAGGGGGGGCCGCUACAGAGACCACCACCAGCAUCGCCGGCGGUCAAAGAGUAAAAGUCCCGUCAGGAAGGAGAAGAGUCCACUCAGGCAGCCCAUAGAUAACCUGACUCCAGAGGAGCGGGAUGCCCGGACGGUGUUCUGUAUGCAGCUGGCAGCCAGGAUACGACCUCGAGACCUGGAGGAUUUCUUCUCUGCUGUGGGGAAGGUUCGGGAUGUGAGGAUGAUUUCUGACAGGAACUCCCGAAAGUCGAAGGGCAUCGCCUACAUCGAGUUUACGGAGACUAAUUCAGUUCCUCUGGCCAUCGGCCUGACGGGACAAAGGCUGCUGGGAGUUCCCAUCAUCGUACAGGCCUCACAGGCAGAGAAGAACCGAGCAGCCGCAGCAGCAGCAGCAGCCAACAACCUGCAGAAGGGAACAGCAGGACCGAUGAGGCUGUACGUCGGCUCUCUGCACUUCAACAUCACCGAGGAGAUGCUGAGAGGAAUCUUUGAGCCAUUUGGACGGAUUGAAAGCAUCCAGCUGAUGAUGGACAGUGACACAGGACAGUCUAAAGGCUACGGCUUCAUCACCUUUGCAGAUGCAGAGUGUGCUAAGAACGCUCUGGAGCAGCUGAACGGCUUCGAGCUGGCGGGUCGACCCAUGAAGGUGGGUAACGUGACGGAGCGGGGCGACGCCUCCUCCUCGUUCCUCGACAGCGACGAGCUCGAACGCACCGGCAUCGACCUUGGGACUACCGGACGCCUGCAGCUGAUGGCCCGACUAGCUGAGGGUACAGGUCUACAGAUCCCUCCUGCCGCUCAGCAGGCUCUGCAGAUGAGUGGAGCAAUCGCUAUCGGAGCCAUGGCUGCUGUUUCAGCUGCCAUGAAUCCGUCUCUCAACAUGAACUCUGCUGCUCAGUGUCUUCCCUCUCAGCCGCUAGCCACACACUGCUUCCAACUGUCCAACAUGUUCAACCCCAACAGUGAGGUGGUUCCUGGUUGGGAGAUGGAUAUCCAGCAUGAUGUCAUAGAGGAGUGUAACAAACACGGAGGAGUCGUUCACAUCUACAUCGACAAGAACUCGGCUGAGGGAAACAUUUACGCAAAGUGUCCGUCGAUACCCACCGCCAUGGCCACCGUCAACGCUCUACACGGAAGAUACUUUGCUGGUAAAAUGAUCACUGCGGCGUACGUCCCUCUGCCCACCUACCACAACUUGUUCCCAGAUUCUGCUGUCGCCACACAGCCGCUGGCCCCGCCCCCGCGACGGUGACUCACCAACAACACUGCCCUCUGAUUGGACAUCGGACUCUUUUAUAUCCUCCUCCUAGUGGUCGAUACGGACGAGUCAGUUUCACUUGUGUUCGUCAGGUCUGAGACGAGGGACGCUGUUUUUCUUUCCUUCCUGGUUACUUCCUGUUCAUUCUCAUUAGCAUUUCUGGGCGUGGUCCGUUUUGAGUAUCGUCCAAAGAUUGAGCUCUGUGAGCUGUGAGGAGGCCGGCCGAUGAUGAAGAUGAUGUCAGCUGAUUGGUUGGUUUGAAGCCGUUUGGUAUUUAAGUGUUUUCUAAUCAAGAAUUUGAUUUUGUAAAAUGUUUAUUAAAUUUUAUUUUGAAGUCAC